CACAAAUGAGGUGACUUGGUCUUCUCAAAGGCUGACAUCCUCUUUCUCCCAGAAUGCAAAGCUGAGACGCUGUGAAGGAAGUGAACGAGAGACCUAAAGGAAAUUCAGGCUGGCCUUCAACUUCUUGCAGGGCGUUGGCAUCUGUCACCACCAAGGGCAGGAGAGGGGACAGGACCAUGUGGUUCCUCCCUGCUUUGCUCCUCCUUCUCUUCCUCCUCCUCCCAGGCUGCUCCACUGCUCAGGAUAAAAUCACAGGUCCAAAGGAGGUGAGGGGUCAGGAGCAGGGCUCCUUGAUGGUGCAGUGCCGUUACUCCUCAUCCUGGAAGGAUUACACGAAGUACUGGUGCCGAGGAGCUGUUUGGAAAUCAUGUGAGAUUCUCAUUCGAACUGAUUCGGAGCAGUUGGUGAAGAAGAACCGUUUGUCCAUCAGGGACAACCAGACAGACUUCAUCAUCACAGUGGCCAUGGAGGAGCUGAGGUUGAGCGAUGCCGGUGUUUACUGGUGUGCAAUUGAGAGGUCUGGAUAUGACCACAAGUUUAAAGUUGAUGUGAGCAUUGACCCAGAAACUUCAACGAUGAUAAUGACAACCACAGCCACUGUUCUGACAUUCACACAACCAACCACAGAGAACACUGGCAACCAAAGAACAAAUCAAACCAGCCCCCUCCCACGGUCCCUGCUGAGCAGCCUCUACUUCAAGCUCCUGGUCUUUCUGGAGUUGCCCCUGCUUCUGAGCAUGCUCAGUGCCGUCCUCUGGGUGAACAGACCUCUGAGGUGCUCUGGGGAGGUGAAGUUGGACCUGGUGAAGGUCAAUAGUUCAGAGGCCCAGUACAGAGAGAAACCCCUACCAGCAUAUGGAAAAUAAUUGGUCUCUUUGACUCUCUGCCUCUACCUCUGUCUCUUUCUCCCUCUCUCCCUCUCUCUCUCUCAUGUGUGUGUGUGUGUGUGUUUACAUGUUAUGGGUGCAUAUGUGUAUGUGGAGGACAACUACAGGCGUCAUUCCACUAUUGUUUGACACAGGGUUUCUCAGUGACCUGGACCUUUGCUAAGUGGGCCAGGCUAGCUGGCCAGGGAACUCCAGGGAUCUACCUGCCUCCACCUCCCAUCUUGCCAUUUCAAGCACAUAUAACUGCCCCAGCAUUAAAGUGUGUACACACACACACACACACACACGAACCAAAACCCAUAGGUUGUGGGGAUUAAACUCAUGUCCUUGCACUUGCAAGGAAGGCAGGAGCUUUACCAACUGAGCCAUCUCCCCAGCCUGGAAAGAAUCUUUCGAUGAAGGAAUAACUGGUCAGCAGCACCAUGACUCUUAGGAACUGUGGCUCAGCCUCAGCCUCACCUCCACUCCACAGCAGGGGCAGCUGAGUUCUGGAACCCUUUAAUGAUACCCUCUCGCAGAACAUCCUGCAGUGGACCUGUCUUCCUCUGAUAUUUCCAGGGAGUAGAAAAUAUGAGAAAAAGUCAUGUUUCUUCCUAGGCCUCAGUUCCUUGGAGGACACAUGUCAUUCUAAGUCUGUGGGCCACCAGUGAGGUUUGGAUCAAAUAUCUGGGAAACGCGGCCUCACCAAGUAGCAUAGAGGUUUGCCACCUCCAUGGGUCCCCAAGGCACAGCUCAGUCUUGGUCCCUGAAAUCUAGAUUCUUGGCCUGGUGAGAUGAGAUGGGGAGCUGAGUGGGAUGAAGGCAGCUGUCCUCUCAGGAGUCACAAGCCACGUCACCCCAUGACCCCACCAGUGCCUGGGUCUGCACUGGGUCAUUCAGUUGUCUCUCUUUGAUUCAGAGGCAUCUAUUCAAUGUCUAAAUGCUAGACACCUUCCACAUAUAAGCUCCACAAUAAGAAAGAGCCAAUCAAAGUCCACAGAGGAAGCUGACAGGCAAACGCUUAAGUGGAAAACAGUCGUUCUCAGCCCUUGAGCUCUGCACCCUACAACACCCAGAGUCUUCUCAUCCUGGCAGGCUCUGACACCCACCCCCAUGUUCACAUCUAGCAUGGAUGUACUCCCCGCUUUGUGUGGGAAGAGUCCCCAGGCUAGCAUUUUCUCCCUGAUGCCAUGUGUUGGGCUCUAGUGAGUCUGCCUUCAUUGAGAGGAGGGUUUUCAUUGCUUCAAUGGUGUAGCUGCUGCUCAGUUGCCCAUGCCCCUACCCAUGGUUCAGACAAGAAAUCAGAAUUAUACUUGGUGGGACAGAGAGAGAGAGAGAGAGAGAGAGAGAGAGAGAGAGAGAGAGAGGACAUGUAAGCAGGAGAGGGGUUGUGGGAGCCCACCAGCAGAGUCGAGUGGUUCUUGAGUCGGGAGUGAGGAUUAAAAUUAAUAAACUAACACACAACACAUGGGGCCUUUCCAAGAGGCUCUAGUAGAGACUAGACACCUGGCUUUAUUUCAGACUCCUUUUAAGCCAGAGUAAAAGCAGCUCAGCCCAAUGAGUUAAACUCACAAGGAGUUGAAACGAGAGGUGUGAUUUUGACAAGGUAUCUCACCUGCUGUCUCAAACAAAAGGAGAUAGAUUUGGAAGUUCUUCCCUGACUCCAGUGAAGGCCUGGCAAAAGCAAUCUUUCUGCUGAGAUUGAAAUAUCAAAGCAGCUGCUAGAACAGCGGCUCCCAACAGGUUUCCCUUUUUUAUUUUUUUUAAAAAAUUGACCAUAACUUAAGAGCUAUGGAGCAAAAGAUUAUGCUUAUCUUAGGUCGUCUCCCUAGUAAAAUAUAUUCUUACCCAUCAUUGGUACAUGAAUUCCAUCAUUUGUGCCCUGCCUUAGGUUGAAUAUAUCCCAGAGAGAUUUUACCUGUCAUUGACUACCAACCUCUGCUAGGGUAGACACUGGGGUUUAACCUUAUGCAGAUCAGAUCAGCUUUAACAUUCUAAAAGGCCUUCAGGAAGAUUUUAAUUGUCACCAAUAGGAGCACAUCUCCUAUCACAAGCCAAGUCCAAAAUAACACUCCAUAAAAGUGUCUUACCAAAUGACUCCUUGUGUAAAUACCAAGUCUGAAAAACAUUCAAAGGAACCAUAGUAAAAGGCUGUCAGACAAUCAGAACCAUCUGAAAGCUUAAAAAUACAGUUUGUUAGUUUACAUUGAUGGCAAGAAACAUUAAAGUUUGAAUCUUGUUAACAUUUCCAAACAACAAAGCAAAAGGAGAAUUUACAUAGACAGUUACAGGACCUCCCAAGAGUUUCUGAAGCAAGCUUGUUUUGGUCUGCUGAAAACCAGAAUCAGACCAAAGUUCCAUAGUCAGUCCUCUUUUUCAUUCUUCCUGAUUUUGUUGAGAAUUAUCCUCAUUAACAGAACAAUCAAGUCCAGUCCUUUGUGGUAAAAGGUUUCUCUGCAUGAUGUCUUCUCCCAGGAGCAGAAUGAAACAAAGAAGGGUCAGGAGCUUAAGCCAAUGCAGCUUUCCAUUCUCAGUCAGGACAGAACUCACGAUUGUCUGCAGCGGGAACAUCCUCCUUUUGGGGAACAAUUCCUGCAAAUCGCAUCAGCUUUUCUGGGAUCCACCUGGCUUGGUUCUUUCUGUGUCCUGUGUAAAAACACAAAUAUACCCUCUUCCCCAUAUGGGGUUGGGGCCCCGCCAUAUUCCAGUAAUUGGAUCUUUCUAUUUUACUUGGGUAUAAUUAUCUUUGGUAUUAGGAUGCCACAAUCAAUCAGCCACAGAAUGGCCUUGUAUAUCCACAUUCAAAAAACUGAAAAUAAAGAGAGUAUGAUUAAGAUUUGGA